AUUAAUGAUGAUGCUAGGAAGAGGACAAGAAGACUUGAAGUCACAGAAGACUGAACUUCCCGGAGACAUUUCGGGGAAGCUUGACGUCUUGUUGAUGGACUCCGACGACGGAAGCGAGCUCUCCUUCGAGCGUUUGGUCGAAGAAGAUAAAGUAGAGGAGAUUAUGCAAGAGCUUUACAAAGAAAUUACAUUAGCUACCUCUUCUUCCAACACUUAUCCGCCAUCAACAAUCAGUGAGAGCUGCGGGGCUUCAAUGUCCGACUUGUCGUCCACGGUGAUGGCUGGCAUUGAAUUCGUGGGACCCACCAAGAAGAUGCCCGACAUAAAGGGAGGGUUACCAGAGACCGGAAACGGGUCAUCGGACAACGAGUUGCGGAUAAUGAAAAUGGGGUUUGACGAUAAUAACAAUGUAGUAAUAGGCGGAGGAGGUAAAGGAGAAGCAGACAAAAUGGAGGUUGACGAUGACCAAUGGCUAGCAAGAGUUCUAGGGUGGGGUCCAUUGGAACUCGAGGAAUGGACCUGA